CAAGAAACGACGAAUGGCGGCGAGAAAACAAAUAUACUUGCAAGCGAGCUUGUUCUAAAAAACGGAGCUGUAGAGGUGACCUAAAGAAAUGUAUAUGUGAUGACGAAUGUGGACUGAGUUGCAUCAAUCCAAAUUCAGUAUGUGAAGACGAACCACCAACUGUAGAACACGCGGUGUACCGGAAUAUAAGGCGAACAAUUAUAACCGCAAACGGUUUCAAGCGUCUAGCAAUUGUCGAUCAAGUAAGACCUCCUUAUUACUUGUGGGACAUGAUAACUUACACAUGUGAACGUGGACGACGUUUAGUUGGCCCUCUACCGAGAUGCGGUGGGCAUCGACGUUGGACCAGUGAUGUUCCGGAGUGCGUAGAUAUGUCAUGCCGAAAUCCUGUCCCCUACGUAAGGCAUACAAUAUAUCAUCGGUAUUCGAGACCGUCCAACGGAAGAAUGUUGCCAGUGUCGAAUAAGACACUUCCUGUCUUGAAUGACGUGGUUGAAUACACAUGCGAGGAUGGAUUAUUGCUCACGGGUGAACCUCCAGAAUGUGUUGAAAAAGGCAUGUGGUCAGCCCACACCUUGCAAUGUGUUGAUCCUAGAUAUCCUCGUACUGCUGGAGGCGUGAUCAUCAACGCAGAAGCGACUGAAGCGCAUGAAAUUUACUUCAUGUUCGAUGUUUCAGAAAGCGUUCUGAAACGAUCGAAAGAUGUCAAAGACGAAAUAGAAUUUGCAAAGCAACUUGUUAAACGGAUGGAAAGAUUCAAUGGAAAAAUACAUUUUGGAAUAAUGCUUUUUGAAUCUGAAAAUGAGACGAUGUUAGAUAUUUCUGAAAGUGCAACUAGACCGAAAAGUACAAAGCAGAUAUUAGAAACUUUAGACCGAGUUUACCAAGAAGAUUUUGCAAAAUGCGGCCAAGCUGGUAACUUUGGAAGUAUAAAACAGCAAGCUAGCUUAGCCAGAUCAACUGGCGGAGAAGACGCCGCAGAAAAUGCAUGGCCAUGGCAAGUUUUACUCACCCACAAAUCACAAACACCGGAAGGGAGUUUAGCGGAUAGACAACUGGUUGGUGGAGGUUCAAUUUUGAAUGAAAAAUGGAUAUUAACGGCAGCUAACCUACUUAAUAAAAAUUUUGAGUACCCUAGCUGGUUGGAGAAAUAUGUUGUAUUUGUGGGGAUAUUCAAUCGACCUACCACUCGCUAUGAGAAAAUCAGUUCUACCAUUAAAAUGUAUUCAAUCGGGGAAUACAUUCCGCACGAAGAAUAUUCAAAUGAUGAGGGUAAUAAUUUUGAAAACGACAUUGCUUUGAUAAAAAUUGGAUCAGAGUUUGAUUCGAAUAUGCAGGCCAUAGGUGUUGAUAAGUUAACAUUUGGAUACUACAUUCGUCCCAUAUGUUUACCUUGCACUAGAACAUGCUUGAAAGAAGAGCAAUUGGUGGAUGGAAAUGGAAUAUCAUUGAUAAACGAUGCAAUGGACGAAGCACAGAUAUGUUUGAAAGAAGAAGAACUACUACUCAACAAUGACGCGAAAGUUGUCGUAACUGGAUUUGGACAUCUGGAUAUCAGCAAUAAUACAACUAAACAACCGUUUAACCCACUAAAAUAUCUGCAAAAGUCUUUACUGCAGAUUGAAAGCAAAAGAACCUGUAAACAAAAGGUAGAAGAAAUAAGAAUUGCAGAAGGUCUGAACGCCUUGAAGUUUUCAGAUAAUAUGAUUUGUUGCAAAUCUGGAGACCCAAAUAAAAUAAUUGAUGCUUGUAAAGGAGACAGCGGCGGUCCAGUAGUGAGGGAGUGUACUAACAUCAACAAAACAGUUCGUUGGUUUUAUAUGCUCGCCAAUAUUGGUCCAAGAAAACCCAUGUGGUGCUCAACGUGUCAAAAGUUAUUUCCCAUCAUGGCAUCUUUGGCUCAACAUAUUCACAAACAAAGCGAAGAUAUUAGUGUGGAGAAAAUUGUAGCGGAAGAUCAUUGCAGCCACUGUCCCUAUUUUACCAAAUAUGGUCAAAUACUUACAAUUGUUGCUGAAGAAAAGUCCCAAGUGAUCAAAUGUUAUCCUACAGCUGUGAUGCAGUUCGCGUAA